AUGGUCGCCAACACCGACGUCAUCGCGCCCGAGGGUAGCACAAACCAGCAACAGCACCACGGUGGGGAGGUUGAAAACCCACAGUCUGUGCGAGCAUUGUCGGACGGCAGGCCCUCAGAUGGCGACAGCGAAUAUGCAAAACAGUCAGAGAAGCUCUCACUCCAAAAGUCUGGCGGGAGUGUCAAGGACGACAAUCCUGCCGUAGAGGCCCUCUUCGUUUCUCCACAGGAUACCGUCAUUGUUACCUCCAACGGCGACAGGUUACCCGGUGUGCCACUGGAGGAGGCUCACCGGUUGAACGAACUCCACCAAGGCUUGAAUGGGGGAAAAAAGACCGAAACCAGCGAUUCGGUCGCUGACAGUUCUGCUGGAGAGAAGACGGAAUCAGGAGCGGGGCCAGAUGCGUCCCCUAACGAAAAGGAACAGCCGACUGUGCCGCUUGAUGAGCAAAGCGCAAACAAGAAGAACGCCAAGUCAAUACAGGAGUCAACCCAAGGCAACUUGACCAAGUCAAUGCCGCCAUCGCACACGAACCCGCUGUUCCCGCCAUUGCCGCUCUAUGGUCCGCCGACUCUGCUGCGCAACUUACAAUGCACAACGUUCCGCCUCUCAUCCUUCUUCCUCUCGCUUGGCUUCCUCGGCGUUAUUGUCUUGGGCUCCCUUUUCACCAGCAUACCACCGUUUUGCAGCCGGGUUUUCAAGUACAUGUUACUCAAGGACCCGGAUGCAGAACGUCCAUUCUACGAGGAAGAGAAGCGCCGCGCCUCAGUACGAAAGGAGCUGGAACGCAGAUGGAGACGCGGCGGAUCCCUUGACAGUACACUUCAGGACGCCGAGAACCGUGAUGAUGAUGGUUACAUCCCCACAGAGGGCGGUCCGGAUCCAAUCAAGUGCGACGUUGGUUACUACGCCCGCCGCGUCGGGCUCGAUGUCGAGGAGUUCGAGGUUCAGACCGAGGAUGGCUUCAUCAUUGACCUUUGGCACGUUUACGAUCCGCGGGAGUAUGAAGAGCUAGAGCCCAAGCAACGGAAGGAGCGUGGACCCGACGUUUUCACCGGUGCCAAAAGAAGGCUGAAGAACCCCGACGGACCGAAGAGGUUCCCAGUGCUGUUGAUGCACGGCCUACUCCAAAGUGCCGGUGCUUAUUGUGUGAAUGACGACGAUUCUUUGGCAUUUUACUUGUGCAAAUCCGGCUAUGACGUCUGGCUUGGCAACAACCGUUGCGGGUUCAAACCAAAACACACCCUCCUCAAAUACUCAGAUCCUCGGAUGUGGUGUUGGAAUAUCCGACAGAUGGGCGUGUUCGACCUCACCGCGCUCACAUCUAGGGUACAGUUCGAGACUGGGUUUGAAAAGAUCGGGUUGGUGUGCCACUCCCAAGGCACUACACAGACAUUUGUCGCCCUGGCCAAAGAGCAACGACCCGAGCUCGGUGAGAAACUCACCGUCUUCUGCGCCUUGGCACCGGCGGCCUACGCCGGCCCGUUGAUCGGCAAGAUGUACUUCAAGUUCAUGCGCAUCAUCACCCCGGCCAUGUUCCGCCUGAUGUUUGGCAUCCACGCCUUCAUCCCCUUCAUGAUGACCAUGCACAGCGUCAUCAACCCGAGAAUCUACGGAAAGCUGGGCUACAAGGUCUUUUCCUUCCUUUUCAACUGGACCGACACGCGCUGGGACCGUGGCCUCCGCGACCGCUUCUUCCAGUUCGCGCCCGUCUACGUUUCGGCCGAGUCGAUGCGGUGGUGGUUAGGUCGUGAGUGCUUUGCAAAUCACAAGUGCAUCCUGUCGACCAAGGAGGAGUGGAAAGCCGAGGAGGAGGAGGACGCGCGCAAAGAUCAGACGGACGGCCAACAGCAAGAGGAAUCCACGGGAACGGCCGAGGAUCCGGCGCAGCGCUGGCCCAGCAACCUCCUCCUUGACCCGGAGAACGUCGACCCGAACAACAUCCGCAGCCCGAGCCCGAGCCCAAGCCCCAGCCCCAGCCCCAGCCCGGAGGCGGGCGCAAACGAGCGCCACCAGACCUUGCAGCAGCGUCGACGCCCGCUCGGCGCCACGGCGUGGUACAACAAGCAGGCCCCGCCAUUUGCGCUCUGGGUCUGCGGCCAGGACGACCUCGUCGACGGGCGCAAGCUCCUCCGGCGCUUCGAGCGGGGCCGAGAGCCGCACGUGCGCGUCGUCCACACCAAGGUCCUCGACGACUACGAACAUCUGGACGUCAUCUGGGCCAUGGACGCCCCCGACAGGGUGUUUCGCGAAGUCAGGGAGGUGCUGUGGAAGACGUGCAACGUGCGUGACCGGUGCAGGGUCCCCAAGGGGUGCGAGGAAAUCGUGCCAUGGUCGCCAGCGAGCGAGGCUGUGGGCGUGGAGCAGCCAGACUAUGGAGGCGGGCAAGGUGAAGAUAACGAGUUUUCGGGCAGCAGUAGCGAAGAUUUGUCCUCGUGA